UCUCCAGUUACUCUCACGCCUAGGGCGGGUCGGAAGUGACGGGACUUGUAGCGCAUGAUUGGUGGAAGCAGAAAGUGCUUUGCGGCCGCCCGGAGAUUGCUUCCCUUUGGGCUUCCGCUCCUGGCCCAUGUGAAACAGGCUGCUGAGAUGAGCGCGAUUCUGGCUGCGGAGAGCCUUCUGGCUUUAUGUGAACAGGAAGAACUAGAGGAUUUCCCAAAAGAAUCCCCCAUGAGCACCAGUGAAGAUGAGGGGGACAGUGAUGGAGAACGAAAGCAUCAAAAACUUCUGGAAGCAAUCAGUUCCCUUGAUGGAAGGAAUAGGCGGAAAUUGGCUGAGAGAUCUGAGGCUAGUCUGAAGGUGUCCGAGUUCACUGUCAGUUUGGAAGGAUCAGGAGAAAGGCUAUUCCUUUCGGAUCUGCUUGAGCCCGUUAAAACUUCGUCCUCAUUGGCCACUGUGAAAAAGCAACUGACUAGAAUCAAAUCAAAGAAGACUGUGGAGUUGCCCCUUAACAAAGAAGAGGUGGAGCGUAUCCACAGAGAAGUGGCCUUCAAUAAAACCUCACAGGCCCUCUCCAAAUGGGACCCCAUUGUUCUGAAGAACCGGCAAGCAGAGCAGCUGGUGUUUCCCCUGAAGAAGGAGCAGUCAGCCUUUGCCCCCAUUGAGCAUGUGGUCAGCGGCUGGAAGGCAAGAACUCCCUUGGAGCAGGAAAUUUUCAACCUCCUCCAUAAAAACAAGCAGCCAGUGACAGACCCUUUACUGACUCCCGUGGAAAAGGCCUCUCUCAAAGCCAUGAGCCUGGAAGAGGCUAAGAUGCGCCGAGCAGAGCUUCAGAGGGCCCGGGCUCUGCAGUCCUACUAUGAAGCCAAGGCUCGAAGAGAAAAGAAAAUCAAAAGCAAAAAGUAUCACAAAGUUCUGAAGAAAGGAAAGACAAAGAAAACCCUCAAAGAGUUUAAGACGCUGCAGAAGGUCAAUCCUACUGCAGCACUGGAAGAACUGGAAAAACUCGAAAAAGCCAGAAUGAUGGAGCGAAUGAGCCUUAAGCACCAGAACAGUGGAAAAUGGGCAAAGUCAAAGGCAAUUAUGGCCAAAUAUGACCUGGAGGCUCGCCAGGCUAUGCAGGAACAGUUGGCCAGGAACAAAGAACUGACGCAGAAACUCCAGGUGGCUUCCAGGAGUGAAGAAGAGGAGGGUAGUAUAGAGGAAGAGGGUGACCUCCUUGUCCCUGAUGCCGUGAAUGAAGCACAGAUGACUGCAGAUGGACCGAACCCCUGGAUGGUCAGGAAUCACUCCAGUGACAUGAAAGAUGCCGAAAUCCAGAAGGACACCGAACAACUUCCAGAGCCUGUGGCCAGUGAGGAUUCUGAAAGUGAGGGAGAACAAAAAACAGUCGCGGAGGAAGAAAUUUUGUUGAAAGAAUUUGAGGAAAGGCGAUUGCUUAGGGAGAAGUCUAGGCUCAACCAGGACACUGAGCCAGUGGGCAGACAAAAAACAAAAGAUUCUAGCAGCCAGGAGGUGCUGUCUGAAUUGAGGGCUCUAUCUCAGAAACUCAACAAGGAAAACCAUCAGUCCAGGAAGCAAAAAGUGAGUUCAGCGAGGACAGUUCUGCCAAUCCAGAGAGAGGGACCUGCUGGGGAAGAGGAGCCCCUGUUGCUGCAGAGGCCGGAGAGAGCAGAGAUACUGGAAGAGCUAGACGAGCUGGGCGAAGAAGGAUGCUUUCACAAUAAGGAGCUUCCCAGACCUGCUUUAGAAGGACAGAAGUUGGAGAUGAACCCAGAUAAUCAGCCUGGUGCCCCCGUGGAGAAAAAUAAGGAGCAAAUGAUUGACCUACAGAACAUCCUAACCACAAAAUCUCCCUCUGUGAAGUCUUUGGCAGUCCCCACAACAGUAGAGUUGGAAGAUGAACAGGAGAGAGAUCAAAAGCAAGUGAUAAAGGAAGCUUUUGCUGGGGAUGAUGUCAUCAGAGACUUCUUGAGAGAGAAGAGGGAAGCUGUGGAGGCGAGUAAGCCAAAGGACAUGGACCUAACUCUGCCCGGCUGGGGCGAGUGGGGUGGUGUGGGCCUGAAGCCCAGUGCCAAGAAGAGACGCCGGUUUCUCAUUAAAGCCCCUGAAGGUCCUCCCAGAAAAGACAAGAAUUUGCCAAACGUGAUUAUCAACGAGAAACGAAACAUCCAUGCAGCAGCUCACCAGGUGCGGGUGCUUCCGUAUCCAUUCACCCACCAUCAACAAUUUGAGAGGACCAUCCAGACCCCUAUAGGAUCUACAUGGAACACCCAGAGGGCCUUCCAAAAGCUGACUACGCCCAAGGUUGUCACCAAGCCAGGCCAUAUAAUUAAGCCUAUAAAAGCAGAAGAUGUGGGCUACCGAUCUUCCUCAAGGUCGGACCUCUCUGUCAUACAGAGGAAUCCAAAACAACUCUCCAUACGUCACAAAAAACAUUUGAAGAAAAUCUCUAAAGAUUGAGUUGCUGUGAAGGAGUGACAUAUUGGUGCCCAGAACCAGGAGCCCCAAUUGCUCCUUCAUUGGCCCAGUUUUACUCUGAGCUGCAGGAUCAAUUCCAAAACUGGCUUAUCACACUGUGUGUAUAGUUAAGCCACAUUUAAAAAAUAAAGCCUUGUAUCUAUUUAA